AUGCAAACGGAGCUCCACACCAGGCAUUUGGCAGCAGAGAGGUACUGCGGCAGCACGUGGGACAAGUGAUGCUUUUCACCCAGCUGCAAAUCUGAAACCAGGAAAUAGUCCUUUUUUUACAGCACAAGGCAUGAUGUAGCCAAGUGAGGAAUUUACUGCAUGCUGGAGUGGGAACAGCGGACGAGGUGGCUAUGGAGCCUCUGAGCAUCAUUGUGGUGCUGGUUACUCUCAGCAGUUUCCUCAUCUCUCAGUGGAUCUUUCAUGUCGCAUGUCCAUGGCUGUCCGAGCGCCUCAUUCCAGCUUUUCUCACACUCACACACAUGCAGAGGACAGAGUGGAGCUCCAGGGCCGUCUCCACAGUCCAUGCUUUGGUCGUGGGACUUUUUUGUCUCUACAUAUUACUUUUUGAUGAAGUUAUCAAGAAAGAUCCUGUUUGGGGAGAUCCAACACUGGUGAAACUGAAUGUGGGCAUAACCGCAGGCUACCUCAUCUCAGAUCUGCUGCUUAUGAUCUACUUCUGGGAUUUCAUAGGAGAGAAGUAUUUUGUCAUACACCACCUUGCUGCUCUUUAUGCCUAUUAUUAUGUACUGAGUCAGGGUAUAUUGCCCUAUUUUGCCAAUUUCCGUCUACUUGCUGAAUUUUCCACCCCCUUCGUGAACCAGAGGUGGUUUCUUCAGGUUCUGGGCUACCACAAGCUUUCCAAACCCAGCCUUGUUAAUGGAGUAGCCAUGGCGUCCUCCUUUUUCCUGGUGAGGAUCGCAGUCAUUCCAGUCUACUACAGCCAAAUGUACAGUGUGUAUGGCACUGAGGCUUUCUACAGACUCACACCGGGGGCUCGCAGUGCGUGGAUCCUCUGUAGCCUCUGCCUUGACAUCAUGAACAUCAUGUGGAUGCGCAAGAUCCUUCGGGGCUGCCUCAAAGUUCUACGCUCCAGCAGAUCCCAAAAACCAGUGACAGAAUUGAAGAGCCCAAAAAUUGACUGAGACUGAGAAGGUUAAGCCUAGUCAACUUUUACUGGUGUCUCAUCCUUAUAAACAAAUACUGUGAUAUUAAAUAUUAAGCCUCCAGGACCAUGAGGGAGCAUGCAAGACAAUACAGGAUCUCUAUACAUGGGCCUAAAGAGCAAAUAGCGAGCACUUUGUAGGUGUACAAUUACUGACAGUAGCCCAAGUGUCAACAUGAACGAACUGUCAGUCCUCCUCUCCUCUACUCAUCAAUGGAAAUAAAUGACAAGACCUUACAUUUUCAGUACAGUUCUUCAACUGUCUGUGUCCCAGAUAGAAACUGUUAAAUGUUUCCACACUGCUGUUCAGCUGCUCAAUCUAUUUAAACAUGUCUGCACUCAGGAGAGCAAAGCAAACAAACAGUGUUUUAAAAUCACUUUACAAUUAACUGGCAUUAACAUUAUUUGUAAAGUGUUAGACUUGACAUUUCAUUUGUAGCCCUGUUUAUUUUUGGUCAAAACUUUCAGUUUUUUUCUUUUCACCAUAUUUUGCCAAACUUUUCGGUGGCCUCCCGAAUAAAUAUAGUUAGCUAAUGUUAACCAAACCCUUGUCUAAUGCUAGCUAAGUCAAACAUGAUAAUAAAUUUUACUAUACAUUAACAAACUUAAAAAUUCACCAUUUACCUUGAAUAGAAUGUGAGAGCGCUAUGUCAGCGUAUCUUUCAAGCACCAUGAGGACCGGCCAAAACUAAACUGAGAGGGGAGGAAGGGGCGGGGCUUCCAGAGAGCGUCAGUUAUAUCUGAGAGCUCAAAACGUUUGUGUUAUUGUCAGACAUUCAGACAAUAUUUUUUGUUGUAUUUUUGAGUGACAAGUCGUUCCAGAGUACUCUGAUGUUAAAAUGUAGAGCCCCUUUUCAUUGAUUAAUGGAGUAAAGGAAGGCUGACAAAUUGUGCGUAUCAAGAGAUGGUGUAUAGUAAAUUGUAAUCUUACUUAAUAAAUUGUAAUCUUCACUUUAUAGUAGAUAUAAAUUAUUAUCUAAAAUAGCCAAUUAGAGUAGGUGCAAGUUUGGUAUACCUGAUAAACUGGCAAGUCCUGACAGCGCCUACUCCAACUGCACCUGCAAAGAGUUUCAAUAUGGACUACAAAUGAACUCUUCACAGAGUAACUGAAGGACUGAGGAUAAAAAUCCGGACAAUCAAAACCAACGACGCUAUGCUGCUAUGAAGCGAAACCAAAUUUGCCUUUGUUUUAUCGGAUGCAAUAAAGUCAGCACAACAUCAGCACAGUUUAACAUAAAGGAACUAACAGGUCCAUGGCUUAUGACUGGAGCAAAAUGGAUGCCAUGACAUAUGUUAUACAUAUUAUAAGGGACCAUGCAUGCCUAUAAAAAAGAUUUUAAUUAUGGAUUCUCUGGAUGAAUGUAUAUACUCAAACCCACGUGAAGCAGCCGGUAUAAAAACUGUCUACUACAGAAUAUCAUAUGAAUUGUGAUUUGAAGAAAUGCUAAUGAAUGGGUUAGAAGAGAAAGUUAAUGUUAUAUGUAACCAAAACUUUCAAUGAGCAACUAUAAAUAAUAGACUUAAUUGAGUUAAUGAGGAGAGAAAAAAAAAUACAUUAUAAUAUGACAUUUCUGAGCUGCUAAAAGUUGCCCUGACAAUUCUGUAGUAGAGUCGAAAUUGGCAGGAAAUUUGUAUGCACUUUUUUUUUUUAAAAACCAUAUUUCAUUAUUGAUUAUAAAGUUAUCCCCCACAACAGACAUUUUUAAAUCCAAUUUGAAAACAUAUUUAUUCUCCAAAGCAUUUGAGUCCUUUAAAGGUCUCCAUCAUCUGGCUAUCUGUUUGUUUUUGUCUUGAUAUUGAUGGUAUUUUUUUGCUGUCUCCCUAUUGUCUUAUUUAAUCUAUUUGAUUUGAUUUUACUGUGCAGCACUUUGGUUGACACUUGCUGUCAUUUAAAUGUGAUAUAGAAAUAAAACUUGAAUUGACUUGACUUUGUACCCACUUCAGAUACAAACACUUUAGUGAAACCUCAUCGUGCCCCAACUUUAGGCUAAGAGAAGUCCAACUACAUGGUGACAGGCAGGAGCCACAGCCAAUCACAGCCACAGCCUAAUGAGUGAGUCAUCGGGACCUGUGUGUAUAUUUAUUGCUCUCUGUUUUAGCUAGUGUGCUAACACAAUCUGGCUCAUGCCUAAUGUUUUUGACAAGCUGGAGAAGAACAUCAAUAACACAUAUAGGUAGCUAGAGCUAUCGGCCUCUGAACUAAACAACAGUCACGUUGAUGUGCAUGAUACAUUUUUUUAAAAUUCUGUAACAGUUCUGUGAUAUCGGUGAGAGAUAAGCAGAUAAUUAUUAUUACUUCAGUUGUGAAUACUUGGGCUACAUCCCAAAGUGCAUACUACAAUAUUAAAUCAUUUAUAGGUACACCAUUGGUAUGAAUACUACUUAGUCACACUAC